AUGUGGCUUUUCUACAUUUUGAUUCCAUGUUUGCUCAUAGAUGAAGUUGUGCUUCUGCCUGCCCCUCAGAACCUCUCUAUACAGUCAACCAACAUGAAGCAUCUCUUGACAUGGAGCCCAGUGAUCAUGGGUGGAGAAACAAUCCACUAUUCUGUUGAGUACCAGGGAGAGUAUGAGAGCCUGUUCAUGAGCCACAUCUGGAUCCCCAGCAGCAGGUGCUCACCUACCACAGUUCCUGAAUGUGACAUCACCGAUGACAUCACUGCCACCGUGCCAUAUAACCUCCGUGUCAGGGCCAUCCUAAGCUCACACACUUCAGCCUGGAGCAUCCUGAAGCCACCCUUUAAUCGAAACUCAACCAUUCUAACCCCACCUGGACUGGAGGUCACCAAGGAUGGCUUCCACCUGGUGGUUAAGCUGGAAGACCUGGGACCCCUGUUUGAGUUCCUCGUGGCCUACUGGAGGAGGGAGCCUGGUACUAAGGAACAUGUGAAAAUAGUGAAGAGCAGGGGCAUUCCAGUGCACCUGGAAACCAUGGAGCCAGCGGCUGUGUACUGUGUGAAGGCCCAGACGUUCGUGAGGGCCAUCGGGAGGCACAGCGCCUUCAGCCAGGCAGAAUGUGUCAAGGUGCAAGAAGAGACCCUCCCCCUGGCGGUGGCCCUGUUUGCAUUUGUUGGCUUCAUGCUGAUCCUUGUGGUUGUGCCGCUCUCCAUCUGGAAGAUGGGCCGGCUGCUCCGAUACUCCUGUUGCCCCGGGGUGGUGCUCCCCGACACUUUGAAAAUCACCAAUUCACCGCAGAAGUUAAUCAGCUGCAGAAGGGAAGAGGUGGAAGCCUGUGCCACGACCAUGCUGUCUUCUGAGGAACUCUUCAGGACCUGA